AUGACCGGCUUCUCACUGCUCGACGCAAGCAUCUCAGACCUCCAAUCUGCUCUCUCGGCAGGAUCAUUGUCGAGCGUCGAUCUGGUAUCAAAGUACCUGCGGAGAAUUAGUUACUUCGACGCAAAUGGUCUCAAACUCAGCGCAAUUCCAAUCAUCAACCCGUCUGCAAUUGAUGAUGCUGUGGCAUCAGAUGCCAGACGCGCAGCAGGCCUGACACCAAGACCACUAGAAGGCAUUCCAUACCUCGCCAAAGACAGCAUCAAAGUCAAGGGCAUGAGUGUGGCAAGUGGUUCCCCAGCGUUUGAGUCUCUCGUCGCCAAUGAAGACGCAGCAUGUAUUCAGAUUCUGCGAGAUGCAGGUGCGAUCCUUCUGGGCCGCACCAAUAUGCCUGCAAUGGCCUAUGGCGGAAUGCAGCGCGGCUGCUAUGGUCGUGCUGAAAGCCCUUACAACAGUGACUACCUCGCUGCGGCUUAUGCAUCUGGAUCAUCGAACGGUUCAGCCGUUGCUACGACUGCCAAUUUCUGUGCCUUUUCACUGGGCAGCGAGACUGUCUCUUCGGGUCGUUCGCCGGCAUCCAACAACUCGGUCGUGGCUUACACUCCUUCUAAAGGCCUUCUUCCACUUCGGGGUGUCUGGCCUCUUUAUGCCACCUGUGAUGUUCUGGUGCCACAUACCAGGACCGUUGGAGACCUGCUUCUCGUUCUAGAUGUCCUCGCUGUUUCCGAUCCCACCCCGAAAGGCGACUUCUAUCAGGAACAAAAGCUAAUUUCUCUCCCUUCAAUCGACACGCUCCGACCAGAAUCAUUCUCAACACUCCGUGACAGCAGCUCCCUACACGGAAAGCGUAUCGGUGUACCAUCCAUGUACAUCGGCGGCGACCAGUCCUCCCUCAACCCCGCCAGCCAAUUGAAAACCCGACCUUCGAUCAUCAAGCUCUGGCAGCAAGCCCGCAAAGUACUAGAGUCACUCGGUGCAGAAGUCGUCGAAACAGACUUCCCACUUGUGACCACCUACGAAUCAAACGCCGACAAAGGCCAACUGGUGACUGUAGCAGGGCUACCAGAAGGCUGGUCCUCGAUGGAGCGAAGCGAGCUUGUCGCGCACAUUUGGGACGAUUUCCUGAUCUCGAACGGUCAAGAAGGCCUCAACUCUCUUUCUCAAGUUGAACCAUCUACGAUCUUCCCACUCGCGCCUGGCUCUUUGAAAGGUACUCCUGAUGCAGCGAAUGCCCUCCGAUGGGACGAGAUGGUCAAAUACCCACUUCGGAGACCCGAUUCCAUCUUCGACAUUCCGAGCCUGGAGCAGGGGAUCCAAGCUCUGGAGAUUGCGCGCAAGGAGACGCUCGAGAAGUGGAUGGACGACCUGGGUCUCGAUGCUGUGGUAUUCCCGGCAAAUGGUGAUGUAGGCGCCGCAGACUCGGAUUGCAAUGAGGUCGCCUCUCGCUUUGCCUGGAGCAAUGGAGUGAAGUACUCGAAUGGCAAUCGGCCCAUUCGGCAUCUGGGCGUGCCGACCAUAUCAGUACCGAUGGGUCUGAUGGAGGAUAUUGGGAUGCCGGUCAAUCUGACGUUCGCCGGUAAAGCAUAUGAGGACAACAGCCUGCUGAAAUAUGGAUUCGCGUUUGAGGAGGCGAUGAAGGGCCGCGUACAGCCUUCUCUGCCUGUAUUGGACUCUGAUUUUCUGGACGCUUCCCAGAGUUCUCCAUCGUGGGAAGUGAGGCAGGCUGCUCAAUUGACGGUUCAGACUCAGUCGAAGAAGAUCGAAGGCGGAAUGGUUAUGCUUCAGAUCGAGGGGUCCAUUGCCCCCGAUGAUGUUGAGCUAGACUCGUUGUCUGGCUUUAUCAAUGGCGAGCCAUUCAAGGUUCUCUCGGAUGUUGAUCGAUGGUCCCUCGUCGCAUCUUAUCCUGCGUCUGACUGUGACCAGACCUGGGAGAGAUGGUCGAGUCCUGCUUUGACCCAAACCAUUGUGGUCAUAACCGCCCGCACCAAAUCAGGCUUCACAACUGGAAAGUUGAUACUGUUGUAA